AUGAAUCCUUCAGGACAUGAAGGUCUCGAAGCUGGCUCUAGCGCCAACCAUCACGGCAGUGGUCGUCCAAAACUCGAACACCUACAAUCACACUUUUCACACAUCGCACCUCACCUAAAGGCACAUCUUACGGAUCGCCAAGCGAAUCCAAUAUUAUCGACGUCCGAACCAACUUCCGGGUACCUUGCGCCGUUGUCGGAGGCCUUUGUGAAUGCUUACGAAACCGGGUCGAGAAUGGGAUUAGGCAUGCCGGUUAGAGUUACCCUGUCGACGACGGAGUCUUCGUUGGUGGUGUUGCAGUCUGCGCCUACAUCAUCCUCUGUUACCGGACAAGAGUUAUCGACGGCGACGCGACAGUCUACGCCUGUUAGUCCGGUUUUGACGGCGGAGAACGGUCCGGAUACGUCGAAGAUGCUGGUUAGUACGGUUAUUGCGCCGGCUGGGGAGUUGGCGGAGGCGAGGGUGGCGAUUUGGGCUAUUGAGGAUGUUGCGAGGAGGUUGCAGACUAGCUUGGAGAAGUGA